AUGGUCCAGGCGAAGCAGAAGAAAUCCAGACCGGUGAGGAAGAAGCAGGCCGCCGUGAGUUCCUCCUCCUGUUCCGAUCCUCAAAUGCAUCCUGUGGUUUCAUUCGUUGAGGUGUUCUCGCAUGUGGGUUCGAGCUUGAUUCAGUCAUACCGUUCGCAUUCUGUUUUAUCUUUUGGACCGGAGUACUGAUGAUGGAGUCCCGAUGAUCCGUUGUACUUUCUGUCCUAACCGAAAGGUGAUCAGUGUUGCUCCUCAAGGUUUAGGGGCGUCGAGCAGCAUGCUGUAGAUAGCAUGAGGAGGAAGUGGAAUUUUUAUUCUCUAGGUGGAUUUAUUUAUCUUCAGGAUACCAUCAUGAAUAAUCAUUAACUACGUAAUAUUUCAUGUUUUCUGGUGCACUUGUCCUCCUCAAUGUAUGCUUCUGGGUGAUUACAUUCAUUCAGUCCAAUAUAGGUGAUUGAUUUUUUCUAUAUCAUGGUCAAUUUUGAAUUUUUUUUUUCUCAUCCCCACUUUUGGUGCACCUAUCUGUUACUCUUCAUAAAUUUUUCUGUAUACUUAUAAAAGUCUCCUCAUUUGAUAGGUUAAGAGUCAUGGCAAGAAGGGUGACAUUUCACAAUUUUGUUCGCAGCUUGAUAGUUUGGGAUUGAAAGUAACAGAAGUUACAUCGGAUGGUAACUGUUUUUUUAGGUUGGUAGAAUUAUCAAAUUAAAUGCAGAAUAAUAUCAAGUUAUUAACUUUGUGUUGUCUGACAGCAGCCAUCGUUUUCAUGUGUUUGUUGUUUUCAGUUUUGAAUGAAUGACGAAAUAUCUUUUCAGGGCUUUAGCUGACCAGCUAGAAGGUGACGAAAAUGCUCAUCAAAAGUAUCGCCACAUGGUGGUAGAAUAUAUCCAGGUAUGAAUUCAUCAUUCACGGUAAAGCUAGUUAAAAAAUAGCAAUUGGAUAUUGUGAUCUAUUUGAUGCAACUACUGUGCUAUAAGUUUUUUCUCCUACAUGGAUAAUUGCUCGCAUACUCCAUAAAAUCCUUUAUAAUUUCAUUCUUUAGGUUUUGUCAUCCAGUUGUCAAAUUGUCCGAGUAUCCAUGACACGUUUUAACGUUCAGUGCACAAAUGUCAAACUAAGAGUUACAGUUUUUCCAGGCUUAUUAUUUUUCUUAGACAAAUUUUAGUAAUCUUGAUGGUGUUGCAAAUAUCAUUCCAAGCAUUUUGGAGCCCUCUUUCACCUGUACUUCUGUUGUCAUUUCUUUGUUUAAUGUAACUUUACUAUUUUGCAUCAAUCAUACAUCAAGAGCCUAGGUCAGAAUGCUGCACGCCAAAAGAAGAACACGACUUAUUGUCAACCAAACUAGGUGCACAGGUAUUUUCCUGGCUGUGUUACUCUGGUAGGGUCUUCGAAAAUGAACUCGUUUUUCUUAGAGUAAGCCAUUCAUUAGUCACUGUAGCGUGGUUACUGUUCGGUAUCAUUUUUUUACAUUCAGAUGUUUACAUAAGUUGUUUCAAUAGUAAUUAUUAUCUAUCAGUAGAUGUGCACAAAAUCAUUUGGCAGUGCCAUUGUCAUAUAAUGUAAUAGCAUAAAAAUCAUUGGGUUUUUCGACACCAUUAUUUCUCCACUGUAUUUUUGGCUCAUGGUAAUGUCUGAAUUGUAUUGACAGAUGCACAAGGAAGACUUUGAACCUUUUAUUGAAGAUGAAGUUCCCUUUGAUGAAUAUUGCAAGUCCAUGGGGGAGGAUGGUACGUGGGCAGGAAAUAUGGAAUUGCAAGCAGCUUCUCUUGUAACUAGAAGUAAUAUUUGCAUCCAUCGUGUAAGCUCUUCAUUUCUUAAUGUAUCCUCUGUGAAAUUGCGUAAUAUCAUUUUUCUGGGUCAGGUUUGAUGACUUUAUAUAUGGAGUUUGGUCUUAUUCAGGUGUGGUUGUGAUUUUGAUUAGUCGGCUAUACUGAAAUUUUAUUGUUAUUUUCGUUGCAAAGGUUGGGUGUGAUUGCAAUGCAGUACCGGAUUGGCCCAAGAAACGUUUACAAAAGUGAAACUGGAGAUGACAAAUAUAAAGAGCUUCAGUCUUUGGCAUCUUGUUUAUUUUCUACUUCUAGCUCUUCUUUUAAUUUUCCUAUUUCUCUUUUUGUUCUUCCUUCUCUUCUUCUUAUUCAUUAUGUUCGACAUUUCUUAUCUUCCUCAUUUUCUUUUCCUUUUUCUUGCCUUCUCUGUUCUGCUUCGGAUUCCUCCUUUUUUGUUUUAUUAAUUUCUUCUUUCCAUCUUCGAACAUAGCUCAACUUUUGUUCAAGAGCUGGACUAGUUGUAUUCAGCCAAAGCUAAGCCAACCCCGGACUUAUCUUUGGCAGGAACAUCAACUGUAGCCUUGCUAUGUUGCUGAUGGUGUUAUGGCUGUAAAGCAUUGCACGAGGCAGCUCAGAUGGCAGUCAAAGAAUUGGAAUUCUAGAGGAAAUUUACUAUGGGUCCUCUGGUAUUUCCCCCCUGUUAGACGCUCUAUCACAGAACAAUCUAAAAGACCUCAAUUACUGGCUAUGAUGAGCUGAAGACUUGAUACAUGGCUUAAGACUUGGUUCUCUAAGAAUGUCGAGAUAAUGGUCUGAUUUGUCGGAAAUGAGAGCUUGAAAUCCAAUCUGUCUACAUGGGGAUAAAAAACAGUGUGUAUUCCUAAUAUAAAGCAUUUUCGUGAUGUUAGACCUUUUUGUUGGCCUUGACAUGGAGUCAAAGUGUGGGUGAAACUCUUUUCUAAUUAGGGCUGACAGCACUAUUUGGAGACUUCGAGUUUCUAACGAGGCCAACUUCACCUUAGAGUAUGACAGUUGUAGUUUUAUGUGUUUUCUUCACAGCAUGGGAGAGUUCCGGUUCAUGCACAUGCAUUCUUUCUUUUUUUUAACUUGAUCCUGUCGUACUACCCAUUUUCGGAAAAAAAGGAUUAGAUCUGGCAGCUAUCUACUAUGAUAAGCCAGUUGACCUAAAGAAUCAAUUUAGGGUCUAACCUAGGAACCUUCGGCAUCUCAUUAAAGGUUAGGUUAAUUUCAGAGGUAGAAAUUGCAGGAUUCACGUAAGCUCGUGGUUAAGUCGGAAAUUACCAAUGAAAUUUCAUGGUAAGUCAGAGCAUCGUUAGUGGCCUAGUGGUAAUAAUGCCCUUUCUCAACAAAGUUUGUUUCAAGAAUCAAAUGUCCUGAUAUUGAUGUUAGCUUGAUCAACUGAUUAAAAUAUGCAUGUUUGACAGCUGGGAUCCUUUCGAUGUAAUGAUUGACCUCAAUCAUCUUAUAUUUGGAAACAAAAUUCUGUAAAAUUGGGGUGAUGAUCAUAAAAAGUAUCUCUUUCUGAGUUCAGAGAGCAUGCAGCAGGUUUUCUGAAUUCCACAAACGAACUUGCUGUGACGUUAUCAUCGACCAUUUGAACUGGAAGGCAGUUCUGUCUUAUUAUUCUUGAGAUACGGUCUAAUGCAUCCGUUCAGGGAAAACCAUUAUGAACAUUUUUUCUAACGGAGAAAACUUUGGUUCGCUACACUCUAGAAAAUGGACAGUUACUUUUUUUACUUGCUUAGGAACCUCUUUCACUCUGCUGCGUAUCCGUUCAGGGAAUCACUUUCUUUUACAUGCCUGAGAAACGUAUUUGACAUAAAAAAUCACGCACUUAUUUGACAACUAAAGUAAUGCUUGGGGUCUUUCUUUAUUUAAAAACAAACUGGAGGUGAUAUAAUUAUCAAAACCUUUGUUGACAUACUGUCGGUCACCUAUUCUUAUUGUUUAAUAUCGUGUAUUCAAGGAAAUUAGUUUUGAACUAAAAAACUUUGCCCUGGUGCGAUCCAGGAAGCUAAAGGGAAAAUAUAUUGUUUGAGCAGUAACCAUCGGAAUUGUAUUGAUUUCCUGCCUGUAGUGCAUAGAAUCUCGGUCUGGAAACUGAUGACACGCAUCUCGGGACCAACAGCUUACUUACUUCUGGCUGAUGAACAUUCAAUUACUGAAAAAGUAUGCUAACUGAUCAUUCUCAUAAUGUGGAAGCUACAAUCAUUUCUUUUUGUGAUGCAGAGUAUGUCGCCACGUUGGUAUGUAAGAAAUUUCCAUGCUCAGGGCUCAAGAAUGGUUCACAUGUGAGUCAGCUUGAUUUUCUGUAUAUUUCUCUUCGUGGUUUUAUUCAUCACGGUAAAUUUUAAAAGCAUGCAUGCGUCAAAAAUUUAAGUGCCUCUUAUACUAGAUUGCUUUUAUUAGCAAAAUAUUAAAGAGUUUUUUUUAUCAUAAAGGGGUGUCAUUUUGAACCCUAUGAUGAUUUUGAUUACGGUUAACGCUCUAUUUUUUGUUUCUAUUUUUCACCUUAUUUGUGAGACAAUCAUAUGGCUUUUGAGAGAGGUUUUAGUUGAACGUUUAGAGGCCUUAAGACAAUCAUCUAGAUGAUUUCAUGGUGGGUUUGUUCCUGUAUUUUUCUGCUUAUGAUCCAGCAUCUUGUCUUAUCCUCUGUUAGGACUAAUAUAGUAGUAGUAGUCAUUGUCAUUUUUAGUUCAAAUACUGUCUCUUUUCUUUUCUGAUAAAAGUUGCUGUUCCAGAUCGUAUCAUGAUGGUGAACACUAUAACAGCGUUCGACUGAAGGAUGAUCCUUGCACUGGACCUGCUAAUCCUGUUACUCUUAAGGUACAUGUUGGUGCUCUUCUCAGUCAUUUGAAUCGUUUAAUAUUUUUACCCCAUACAGUUUUACUUUGCUCCCGGGACUUAGAUGAAGAUUAUAUGACCUCGUGAUCAUUGAUCUGACAGGUCGAUGCAGAUGUUUCAUUGACAUCCCAUCAAGAAAAAAGUACGACUAACAAAUCCAGAGGGCUCUCUCGUGAAAAUACCACUAACAUGAAUUCAAUUAAAUUGGUUAUGAUUGGGUCAGGAUGCAGCGAGCUUAGUAAAGUUGAACAGGUAGAUAUUCAGUUAAAGAUUUCUGGGUGUAUUCCUUUUUCGUUCACUAAAAUUUAUCAGUUCGACCUGAGAUCAUUAACUUCGUGGGACAAGGACACGGUGGCUAUAGCAUUCUUAUGUUAAUGAUAAGUAUGAUCAAUUCUGUUUUCUGGCUUUGUAAUCAGGUUUUACAGGAUGUAGAUGGUGAUGUUGAUGCAGCUAUUGAGUAUUUGAUAGCAGAAAAAGAAAUGAUUGAAAAUGUUCAUAUUGAUGAUCAACUUUCUUCUGUGAAGGAGAAUGAUGCUGUUGGUAAGGUUUUAUUUACUGUUUUGACAGAUUAUUUGUACGUUGGUGAAGAAAAUAUACUGGGUAAAAAUGUAUUGUUGAUAAGUAUACGGAAGGUAGUUUUAGCAUACUAGAUGAAUGCUUUUAUUUAUUUGUGCUCUUUUGAUCAAUUAGUAUGAGUCAUUUCAUCUCAGAAAGGCAAUCUUAAAGACGAAGCUAUAAAAAAAAAUUAAAAUGUUUUUAAUGAAAAAUUAUUUACUAUGCAGUUUUUUAUUUUCUGGAUAAACCUGCUUUGAUUUGCCUUGCGUUAUCAGUGAGCACAUAUCUACCAGUAAAUGUAAAAUAUUAAUUAGGAGAUUUUUAAAAGUCAGCAGUAAUUCGAAAUCUUGAAAUAAAACUUUUAUGAAAGCUCUCACCACCCCCCAACGCCCUCCCCGCCACCACAAAAGGAAAAAAAAGGAAAGACGAAAUCCUGAAGUUUGUCCCUCACCAAUAUCGUGUAGACAAGACUUUAUCCCUAAAGUCCCCAAAACAAUAGUCAUCCCCUUCCACAAUGCGUAGAAAUCUCACCCAUUCUUUCAUACCAAGUUGCAAGACCCUCCCUUCAGAGGAUGCGCCUGCUCCUCUCUGGCUGUAAAAUCCUUUAGAUUGCAUGCAAAAUAAUUCACGAGACACUCUGAACCACAUUUCUCAUCCAAUGUUGAUCCUAUCUUAGAACUCAUCAUCUAACAUGGGUACUGCUACUGUAUACCUAAAACUUAAUUCAAUUUCUAAUGAAAAUUAUGACCUACACUACCCUACCUCAUUAUUGCCAAAUUUAGCUCAUCUUGUUUCAUUUAAUAACAUUCACAGAUAGUUUACAGCAAGAAACAGAUGAAUCUUUAUCUCAGAACUAUCAAACUCUUUGCCUUUCAAUGGUUGCCAGAAUACUCUAUCCAACAUGUGCUCUUCUUACCUGGAAAUAUAUUUGUUACCUUUUUGAAAGCUUAUUGACAAUGGGAAGGAACCAACCAUAGUUGAGUGGAUACUACCAAUGAGAGACAUUGGAUAAAAGAACAUACAUUGAAAAAGAGUAAAGAUUGGAAUGGAUCCCAAAUUUAAAGGUUGUAGUAUUCUGUUGGAUUUCUGAUCUCAUAUUGGCGAUCAUUAUUUUUCAUACGAUUGUGUAUUUCGAAUUCUUGAUUGGAUGCCUUGUUAGCAUUUCGAGCCCUGAAAACUUUACUAUUUUUUUUUUAUCAUAACCAUUGAAACGAUGAACUCUUUCUUCCCGACUUUCCAAAAGUGCUUUUCAUAAUACAUCCCGUAAUCUUGGAUAGGAGGUAAUGAUGGAAGUUCAGAGUGCUCUCAAGACAUGAAACAUGGAGACAAGAUAUCCACCACUGACAUUGAAUCGGUUCACGAUGCCAGGACUCAGCAUGAUGAUAAGGUUUUGUCUUGAUGGAAGUUGUUUAAUUUUCACGAUAGGGAGAUUUGAUGAACAACAUCAGUCUUUCCUCUCCUAUGACAGGUAAUUCCGAAAGAUAGGAUUUCCCUUUCUGAAUCAAGAAAUGAGAGAGGAAAUGCAUCUCGUGCUUCCGAAAGGAAAUGCCCAACAAGACCUGCGACAAGAUCUGUCAAGUAGGAUGCUUUUCUCCUUCUUGAUCAUUUAAUCAUCUUGUUAUCUCUCCUCAUAAUGAUGUGCAUUUAUAUUUUUUAUUGUGAUACAAAGUCAUGAAUUUUAUAUUAGGUUGAUUUUGUGCGCGAGUUUGCGACCAAUUAAGUACAGGCUUUAGAGGUGCAACAAGCUCAAAGCUUGAUAUCUGAAAGUUAUGGAGCAUGUUUUGAAGAAUUAUCCAAUAUUCUACUUUGAAUAUAGUCUUGAAUUAGUGUCCACCUUGGUGAAAUUGUCAACCAAAGUAUUGACAAUCACAGACCAAACAACUUAACUUGUAAAAGUUCUCACGGUUGCUCCAGUAGUGGUCAGGUCUAGGUUUGGGGUUGACUAAAAGACUACAUAGAAACCUCUUCAAUAACAUGUGAUCGCUUCUUGCCUUUUCUUGAUUCAUCAUGGAAGUCGAACGACUCAUCCCCCCAUCUGAUUCUGCAGCUCCUAUUAUAAUGGCUCCAAUCUUAAUUGCUGAUUUGGCAUUGAUUUUGUCUUUGCUUUUUCUUGGCUUGAAAGAUUUUCUGCCUCGAGAAGAUUUUUGGUUUCAUCCCACAAACUUCCCGGCCAAUCCCGUUGUUCACGUUCAUCUUGUUCUGAAGAUGCUGCUUUAAGGGCCUUUUUGGUGUACCUCACGAUUGAUGGCAUCUGAUCUUCAAACCAUCAGUUUUUCUUCUCGCCGCAUAGUUUGUGCCGAGGCGUGAAGAAUUGACUCUUGAAAACACAUGCAGGAGUAACAUCUCGAGCGUGAGUAGGAGCAAGAAGGAGAGGAGGUACAGCAAGAAGGGGGAAGGCAGGAGGCCUGCACAGGAGUCCGUGGGUCUGCCCGAUGUGGGCGCCCUUUGUAUCUGA